AUGGGUGAAACUGACAGAGACAGUCCAAAAGAAAAAGAAUCUCAAUGUUUCAGAAUAUUUAGAAUGAGUUGUCUCUUCAUUGUUUAUGGCUUAAUUAUAGCCUACAUAGUUUACUACCUACUUAGUUUUUCUGGUCCUUCAUUACUACAAAUGUCAAGAUCAGUUGGUGAUGUACCUGUUCCUGCUGUCAUUUUUGUCCCCGGAUCCAGUCCUAUCAAUAACAUUUCAUGUGUUGAUACAACUGUUACAUAUGAUUGUAGUAAUAAUAUCCAAAAUUACACUGAUUACUUCGUUUAUCUUAGCAAUUUUUCAUUUUCGAAGACAUACAACCAAAUAAAUUUUAGUGAUUUCCUAUCUGGUGGUAGCAUAAGUUUAGCAAGCUCAAAGACCACAAGUAAUAUUCAAAACAAACUUUCUUCAUUAUUAUGUGAAAAUCUUUACACACUUUCACCAUUCCAAGUGAAUUAUAUAUUGUUAGAGCGCAUUCAAUAUCAAGAUCUUGACACUUCUUUAGAAAAAGAUAUGUUUACUAAAGUUGCCAGUAAAUCUUCCCAACAUAGAGUUAAAUAUUUUGGAUUGUCAACUAAGAUAUUAUCGCUUGGACAAUAUAGCAAUGCUGAUUUUCUGAAUGGACCUACACCAUAUACUUAUUUACAAAUUUCUAAUAUGUCGACAAUUUUGACUACUUAUACGCAAGUAAACAAAGUGAGCUCUACCACUGUUGUUGGCUUCCUUUCUGGACUUGGUUCAACUGCUUUCCUUUUGACUUUAUAUAAAUUCUGUUUCGGCGGCUACAAGGCACCGGGCUUAUUAAAACGUGUCUUACCUAAAGAAUGGACUAUGAGACUACGGAUUAAGAGGCUACGAUUACAAGACUACGACAGAUAUCUAAAUGACUACCUCUGA